AUGACGCCUGUCGCUAGAGCUAAUGCAACCAAUCCUGCAAGGAACACGACGAAGGAUACCGACGGUUCUUCGAAGCUGAACGUGAAGGGUCGCUGUGCUUCCUCAGAUAAUAGUCAAGCGUGGUCUGAGCACGGAGUGACACCAAAGGCGUCGAUCGAUGAUUCUGCAAAAUCUGUAAGGAGCCGAGCUCUCAGGCGUACAGCAUACAAAGAGAGAGAUAUUUCGUCAGAGGAGUUGGGGCCCCCGCUGCAGGUGGUCGAAGUGGAAAGUCCUCAGGAAAUGUUUAUUGCUAGUCUGUUGAAAGCAAACAGGAUGUGCGACAUUAGAGAGAAGAGGUGUGUGGUACCGUGGUGUAUGCGCAGUUUCAGUCGCUUUGAAAUUCUGGCAUACCAUCUAAGUUACGCACAUCAGGAAUUACUACCACCCGGUCACCAGACUUGCAGUCUGUGCGGCAAGGUAGCUCUUGGUUUGAAGUCCCUUUCAAAUCAUCUCCGAUCCCGUCACCGAAUGGUCGAAGAACGUUACAACAAUGAACUGAUCAAACAGUGCUGCGGGGAAGAAGAUGACAGGAACAAGAACGGUUUGAGGUUGACUAGAAAUAUGCCUGAUUUGAAAGCGCUGUUUAAUUCUAAGAAGCGAUUGUCUAAUCGACCCGCUCCAAAAAAUGACCGUUUGAUAUCGACGAUAAAAAUGAACGGUAUGCAAGAUAAUGUUUUUUCUAAGUCAUCAGAGUCUGAGGUGAUGACGCAUUCGACGGUCAAAAAUGCGAAAACUACUACCACCACUGACUCUGAUGCAGCAACGACUGCAGAUCAAUUGCGCCCCUCUGUUGUGCGAAACGAUGCCAACAAACCACCAUCGGUUAAUAAUGUCCUGGUGAUGUCCCCUUCGUUCAGAGUGGAUGACAGUGACAAAGAAUCUUGCCAGAAAGAUUUCGCUAACUCUACACCGAGGUGCCAAGUUGCGACAGUGACGAACGAUGACUUGAAUUCAACUACCCCAAGAAUGUCGCAGCCGUCUGUCUCGCCUACAAAGAAUUUUUCGCUUCCGCGUAUGACGCCGUCUCGCAGUGAGAAGCCAGUGAGUACACUGUAUCAUUUACCGAUAUCGGAUACUAACACAGCAGCGAUGGAUAGGCCGUCUCUGAAACGGCCAAACAGCUUCUGUGACGAUAGCGCGGUACGGGAUCAUUCGCAGGACCGUGGUACAAAUACCACUACGACGGAGACCAGUUGUGAACCACCGAGCAAAAGACUGGAAAAGUAUUUUCAAAGUAAUAAAACUCGCAACCGUACCAAAGCCAGAUUAGACUGGAAUUCAUGGAGAAAGGCGAUACAGGAUCUGGCAAACACAGACUCAGAAGACAUGAACGAACAUCAGAUAGAUUCAGAAACGUCAGUGCAGUCAAGGCUUAUUCACGAUGCGUCUGUAAAUGAGGAACAGUCUCGAGAACGAGAAAGAGGCGUUCAAGUGUUCAUUUAUAACGGGGAGGAGGAGUCCUUAAACACAUGUUCCGGGUUCCAAGGAGGGCGAACGAAGUCACCAGUUAAAAAUCGAAAAACUGAAGCAGACGCUAAGUCAGAAAGCAACAGCAAAACAGAGACUGCAGAGGAUGUAAGAUCGGCCUUUCAUGCGUUUCUCUGGAAAUCAAAAGUCACUACUAGCUGGAAACGAAUUGACCCAGAAGAUAUGGACAAGUUGCCAGUCGUCUUUAACGGUGUCCAAUAUAAAGAAUUCCUAAAAAUUGCUGAUCUUGAAAACCAUCAGUGUCUUCUCUGUCAUUCCAAGUUUACGUCCGAAGGUGAUACAGGUCGUCACUGCUGUUCCCAUCUCAACUUCGUGCGCUUUUAUUGCCAUCUGUGCAAUGCGGCAUUUUUCUCUCCUAGCGACGUCGCGCAGCAUCUGAUGAACCACUGCACCAGAGUCAAGCCAAAUGAUCUUAAGCGACCACAGGUUUUGUUGAAUAUCAUGCCAUGCUGCGAAGAGGUACCAGGUAAAGUUGCUUCUUUGGAUGGAUAUUCGAAAACUCAGCCAUGCACGUCGAACCUCAAUGCAGUGAUUCGUGAUUCAUCUCCAGCUGGUGAAAGAUGUUCAUCUAUCGAGGAAACAAGAGGCCAUUCGGAGAGCGCCACGGCCCAUCAGCAGGACGGAGGUGAAAGCAGAAAUCUUGAAUCAGUAAAGCCGGCUUAUUCACUCGCUUCUUUCAAUGACUGGACUGAAAAUGGAUCUCCCGCUGCCGUGGUUGGUCUCGAAGUUUACGUCCACAGUUCAUUGCCAGUACGCUGCAGAAGGCGUAGGAAAUGA